AUGUCCCAGCUGUCUCAUUCCUCCCCGGCAGCUGUGUGCCGGAGGCUGUCUUCUGUUGGUCGGCGGGUGCUCUCCAUAGAAUCAGUGUCAACUUUUCAAGAUGGACGAGAAGGCUCCUGGGAGGCGAGGUGGCAGCAUCCCAAACCCAGGUGUCUGCUUAAAAGGUCCUGCUGGGAGGACAACACCAAAGACCCGUGUGCCGGCAGUGCGGUUAGAGAAAAUGGUCUGUCCAGGCAGCAGGUGUGCGGCGGCUGGGACUCCUCCCUCUGGGCGGACGACAUGGACGGCGCUGAAGGUGACGGCGUGAUAUUUGCCGGCGAGUUGGACUGCAGGUCCCACAACAGCUCCCCGGUGAGGCGUAGAGCCCAGCAGAGGCCAAACAGGGUGAGGGGGGCCCUGAACCGCUCCUGCUCGGUCCCGGACUCCAACAACCCCCCUUGUCCGUCCCCGUCCACCCACGGGGACAUCAGCAUACCUGUGUCCGACCUCACGGAGAUCGGUGCGCGCUCGUCUGUGUGGGGUAGCACGCUUCAAAGACUGAACCGGGGCCGCUCCCGUGAGCCUGAUCGUGGGAACCAAAUGUCAGCGGCAAGUGGAGUGGCUGCAGAGACGUUGUGCAGCAGGGAUACCGAGGUCACAGGGUACCAUGAACCUAAGGACUGCACACAUGAUUCAGCAUCUUUGUGCGCUCAGAUGGAAAUGGAGUCCGACCCGCCUGAGGACCAGAGCCUCUAUAUUCCCAACAACUACAUGACCAAAAGCAUGCUGUGCCUCAAUGAAGAAUCUCAGGACGAGUGGAUCUCGCUGAGAGAGUUACUGACUCGGUGGGGACGAAGGCUGACAGUGGAUGAGCUCUGGGCUCUGUGUUACACCUGCCUCUCCUCCCUGCAGACCUACACUGACUUCCCAGCCUAUCUAUGCCUGGACACGCUGCAUGUGGGCUGUGAUGGAGAAGUACUUUUCCUGAAACCUAAAAACAUCGGAUCCCGAGACGCAUUUUAUCUUGCUCCAGAAUAUCAAGAACACGGAAUUGUAACUGAGAAGGUUUGUGUCUACGCGGUUGCUGCUAUUCUUUGGGCUGCAGCCAAGUUCACUUUAUCACCCAAUCAAAAACUGGCGGUGCCUCGUGAACUGAAGAGACUGCUGCUGGAGAUGGCAAAGAGGACGCCCAUCGAGAGGCCGACCAUCGUCACGGCUAAAAAAAGCUGUCGUGACUACUUAUCACGUCGAGGGACCAAUGCUGAAGCCGUGUGGAAUAACCUCAUCAGCAGAGUUCACCCGCCAGCCUCCAAAUCGACUGAUGCAGAUGAUUGGAGGGCAACUGACACUCCAAGCUCUUCGGAAGAGUCUGCACGAGACAGCGGCUUUGUGCCAAUGGCCACUGAGAGCCGACUGGCUCCUGUGCAUGGCCCUGUUCCCCACAGCUUUACAGUCAGCAGGGAACUUCACCUCCCAGAGGCCUUCACUUCCACCGCCACACACUUCACCCCCAUCAUCCUGACGAAUGAGUGGAACUCAGAGGAGGGGAGCCGGCACAUUGGAGCUGGCAUUGAAGGGACAGAAAGCAGUGAACACAUGCAGGCGAAGGGCCUUGAUUUCCCACCACACUCCUGCUCUGACUUCCCUGAACCUGAUCUACAUGCACAGGAGUUGCCUGUUCAUCAUGCAGUCGUAAACACAACCUCUGUCGACAAUUUGCCGGUCAACUCUACUUCCGCGUUCCCCAAUAUGUGUUUUCUUGAAGUCUCUCUUCCUCCACCAUCACCCGCUGAACUCGGGGCUUGUGGCGUUUUCAACAAUUACCUUUUCCGUCAGGAUCCCACAACGGGACGCCUUUGCUUAGUGCCUGUGCAGGUCAGAUCUCAAGAGUCUCUGCUCGGGUUGGAUUUAAAUCUGUCCCACGUGCCGCGGGCUUUGCAGGGACUAAUCACAGGUCCGGAGAGCGUUGACGGCCCAUUCAUUAAACAUUUGCAUGCGCCCAUGAGGCCUGGACCCCAUGAGUGUGGCCUGCCAUCACCCCAUUUCGAAGACAGUUCCAUCAAUCCGGACAGCGCCUUAGAUCGCGGUGUACCGAGAGCUUGCAAUGGACAAAGUCCAGGGACACAAGACUCCAGGCAGCACCGACCUCCUUCAGAGUCCAUCUCCCCCAAAGUCCACCCUGCCCUACAGGAGGUCAUUAAGCUACUCAGCGGAGAGUGCUCACUUGAUGUGCAUUUGGCCAAUGAACACGAGGACAUUGGCCUGGGGGACUGCAUCUUCUCUCUGAAGGACUUCCAGUACCCAGCGUUUGCAAGUGUUGUGAAGGAGAAAUUCAGCGAUCUGUACUGGGAAGACGAUUUGCUUGGUGUGCUGCACUCCCUGGUUAGCUACAGCCCAUCCCCGCUCGGCUCUAAUGAGCAGGCUCCAUCAAAGGCUGUGAACCGGACGGCGCUCCCUCCACCCUUGGUAGCCUCAGCAUGUAGAGCGGAGAGAGAAGUUAUCCUUUGUGGUCGUCUCCACCUGGAUGGGAACGUUCACGCGUCCGGUCCUGCUUCUGUGAGUUGUUGCACCGAGGGAACCGAGGCCCUGCCCUGUCAUGGGAGAGAGGAGGAUACACUCAAACACAUCCAUUUAAGAGCAAGGGAGAGUCAACGCUGCAUCUUUCAAGGCAUGAGUACCGGCAGUUCGGAAGCGGUGGCCAUGGAGGGAGGAGAACGUGAAUCCGCAGGGGGCAGCGAUGAAAGCCCCUCUGAAGUGGAGUUUCCAUCGGAGAAAGGGGAGGGGCGGCCGGGGGAUGAACGGAUGAGCCUCAGCUGCUCUGAGGAAAUGGAGGACAGCGAGUCUCUGGUGUCGGAGCGACUCGUCUCUCCCGGAUCCAGAGCGGAGGGGCUGGCCUUCAGCUCCGGCCCAACUUGGGCCUUGGCCUUCUUUGGGGAAGAGUGCUUCAGUCCUGAGGUGAUCCAGUACGCUGUGAAUCUGGGGCAGCACACGGGAUCUCCGGGCCUGGAUGUGAAAACACAGGAACUGCAGCAGCAGCUGAUGAUUGAAACAAGGAAUCUGAAGAAAACACGAAACUUCUUCCAGAAGCUGAUUCAACAAGAGAGGAAAAACAAAGGUGAAAACAAACAGAUGCUGUCCAAACUCAAGUCCCAGCUUGAAGAACUCCGAUCCAAAGUAGUCUUCCUAGACUGCGUGAAAAAAUACCUUGAGGUUCUCAGUGUGGACGAGUGGGGUUUGGAGGUUUCAUUACUGCCUGCUUUGGCUGUCAGUGGACCUGGGUCUUUGGACCUCCAGUCCUCUGAGGACUCCUCUGUCCUGAGCUUUGGUACCAGCAAAGGCAAGAGGGCUCUGUACGCUGGUUCUCCUCUGGGCCUCAUGGCUUACCUCUAUGCCAGAAACGCUGCAGUGGACGGCUUCAUCCAGCAGUUUCUGUACACCUAUCGUUUCCUCUGCACUCCCAAGCAGUUACUGCAGUUCAUAAUGGAUAAAUUCAUCUGUGCCGCCAGACAAGGUCCGGACAUGUCGGGGGACACUGUGAAGAUCUUCCAUCGCAGUUUGGACUUGCUCCAGCUCUGGAUAGCCGACUGUAAACAGGUGGACUUCACACCGAGGUCCGACCUGGUGGACACGCUGGAGCGCUUCCUGAAUACCGAGGUGAUUCCUUUAGACAGCCGAGGGGAGGACCUUCUUUCUGCUCUCCACAGCCCCACUUAUAGGACUUUGAUCCGAGGAAACCAAGUCAGCUUUGAGGAAGAUAAUUAUUCGAUGUGUUUGCAUACCGACGACCUCGGGAGAAAGUGGAGAUUCUCCAGAGCGGUGGAGCCCUCUGCGUCCCUGCCUAAAGACAAGGCCUUCUCCCUCGCCGCGGCUCUGCCGGUGCCUUGCCCCGUCUCCCUGGGGGAGGACCCCCCCAGCGCCUUCCUGCCCAGUGAGGAGAGACUCCCCUUCAGCCACAAUGAAAAGGGAGCGCAGCACGUGACCCAGCAGCUCACCUUGCUGCAGCAGGAGAUGUUCCACGGAUGUCAUCCCGUUCAUUUUCUCAACUCCAGGAUCCAAGGGGUGGGGGGCCAGGUCUCGCCCCCGAACAAGAAUGUGUCUCUUCAUGUCCCGCCAGCAGAGGGCAGCAGUGUACUUGUCUGUGAGGAGGCACCGUCGGACAGCCACCUCCAGCAGCUGCUCACAUAUGCUGACGGUGUGGCCAACUGGAUCUCCGCUGAGAUAGUCAGCUGCGACUCCGUCAAGACACAAGUUGCUUUGCUGACCAAGUAUCUGUGGAUAGGAAAACACUGCUACGAGUCCAGGAACUUUGCCACGGCCAUGCAGGUCCUCGGAGGUCUGGAUAACGUGAUUGUCAGGCAAUUACCAGCUUGGAAACAUCUGCCUUCCAAGGUGUGCGAGAUCCUGGAGGAGCUGCGAGCUGUGCAGGUGUUCCUGAAGAGCGACGACCUGUGCCUGAUGGGGGGAGAACACGCGAGGAGGAGGCCCACCCUGCCGGCGGCCCGCAUCCUGGCCAUGCACGUCCAGCAGCUGGAGAUCGGAGCCUUCACGCUCACCACUGGAGCUUACAAGUGGACCAAGCUCAGGGACAGAAACGGGCAGGAGUUGAGGAAAUCGGCGCAGUGUGAAAGCGACGUCCCGGGCGGCUUCAUUCUUUUCUAUUGUCAUCUAAAGGCAUCAGGGUUCGUCUUCAAAGCGUCGGAGAUAAGGAGGGGGCUGACGGGCCUCCUGCCUCCGCCGCGACAGAUCACCGAUACGGGGGAGACGACCAGGCCCCGGCCUCUUAUCUGCUUCUGUCGCACAACUAAACGAUCAAUUUAGCGGCAUUGUCCCCAGAGUUGCCGCACGCGGUGAUCGC